AUGGCGUUCACGUUCGCGGCCUUCUGCUAUAUGCUGGCGCUGCUGCUCACCGCCGCGCUCAUCUUCUUCGCCAUUUGGCACAUUAUAGCAUUCGAUGAGCUGAAGACUGAUUACAAGAAUCCUAUAGACCAGUGUAAUACCCUGAAUCCUCUUGUCCUCCCGGAGUACCUCAUCCACGCGUUCUUCUGCGUCAUGUUUCUUUGUGCGGCAGAGUGGCUUACGCUGGGUCUCAAUAUGCCCCUCUUGGCAUAUCACAUUUGGAGGUAUAUGAGUAGACCAGUGAUGAGUGGACCAGGACUCUAUGAUCCUACAACCAUCAUGAAUGCAGAUAUUCUAGCAUAUUGUCAGAAAGAAGGAUGGUGCAAAUUAGCUUUUUAUCUUCUAGCAUUUUUUUACUACCUAUAUGGCAUGAUCUAUGUUUUGGUGAGCUCUUAG